AUGGGCGAUAAGCGAAAGCUCGACGAGGUAGCCGUCGACGAGAACGAUGAAGCCGUUGUCGAUAUCGCAAAGACUAAGAAAAUAAAGAGUGGUGAUAAGGAGAAAUCGAAGGACAAGAAGAAAGAGAAAAAAGACAAGAAAGACAAGAAGGAUAAAAAGGAAAAGAAGGAAAAGAAGAGAAAAUCCAAAGAAGAAAACGUGAAGGAUGAAGAGACAAAACCGGACGAGGAACCUGAGUUGCUAGAGGAGACAGUAAAAGCCAAUGGCAUGAAUGGUACCGCUGACGAGGACGCCAUGGACGUGGACGGGCAGCAGAAUGGAGCUGAGAAAGCAGAGAAGAGCAAGAAGGAGAAAAAGGAGAAGAAGGAAAAGAAGAAUAAAAAGGAAAAGAAAGAGAAGAAGAGCAAGGGUGAAGGGGAAGUUGACAAGAAGAAAGAGAAGAAGCAGAAAAAGAAGCUAGCUGAGCAAGAAGAGAAGAAAGAGGAAGGGAAAGAAAAAGCCAAUGGCGCGGAGGAGGUAGCAGAACCCACAGCUGUUCAACCAGAAACAGAUACGCCAGCAGAGAACGGUAUAGAAGCUGCUGAAGGCGCCGUUGGCGAUGCUGAGAUUGACGCAGCCCAGAAGAGCCAGAGAUUCAUAGUGUUCAUAAGCAAUCUACCGUACUCUGCCACCCAAGAGUCAGUCGCCAAGCACUUUGAAAAGCUGCAGCCGAGUUCAGUCCGCGUUCCACUAGAGAGAUGCGGCAAGAAAGGGCGCGGCUUUGCAUUUAUUGAAUUCUCUGCGUUCGACCGCAUGAAGACUUGCCUGAAGCAAUAUCACGGCACCAUGUUUGAAGAUGGGAAGAAACCUGCCCGUAAAAUCAAGGUUGAACUGACUGCUGGCGGAGGAGGCUCAAAAUCCGAAGCCAGAAAGAUGAAGAUUCUCGAGAAGAACCAGAAACUAAAUGAAGAGCGUGCCCGGGAUGCUCAGGAGGCAAAGAAGGCCAAGGCAGCCUCAGCUACUAAUGGUGCCGCAGCGGCGGAUGAUCAGUCGCAUAUCCAUCCUAGCCGAAGGGCGAGGGUUCCCGUAUAG